AUACUAAUGUGCUUGAUAAAAAAAUCAAUUCAUCGCAAUUGAAGUUGGGAUCUGCACAGGUACCGUAUGUUGCUUAGUUCUCCAUGUAUAUUAAUUCCAGUGAACCCCCUCCCACUUUUGCUUUUCUUACGCUUCUUUUUUUCCCGUCUAGUUAAUAUCUUUGUAUGGUUCUUGCUGAUCAAGUCCUUGUGUAUCCCUCACACUUCGUCUACUGUCGCUUGGGAGUUCUCUCAUGGCCAUGCUUGUGCCUACCCUUUUGCAAUUCUGUAAAACAAGGGGUGCUAACCGAACACAGGACAAGCCAAUUUCUGAUACAUGGGGAAAACAGAACUCUCUAGCGACUGUGUCAAAAGAAACCGAUUCUACCAGUGUUGCAACUAAGAUUCAGGAACAACGAAAAGCCAGCAUACCUGAUCACCAAGAAGUAAAGAUUCCAGAUUUUAAUAAGGCUAGUACUAGUACUGCCCGGGUAUGUAUCCCGUCAAGAGUUGAAAGCGCCGUGGACCAGCUUUAUUCUCGAAUGGGCAGAAUUGAGGAUCUGUUUUUGAGGUUUGAAGAAAAGAUGCUAAAACCGAUAAGCAGCAUUGAGGCAAGGCUUGAAAGGGUAGAGCAGCAACUUGAAGUACUGGCGAACAAAUCACAGAAUUCUGAAUUGCCAACAUGCGCAAGAUUCUAUGCUUCUUCUUUCUCAUGCAAUGAGUCUGAGUCUAACUCUUGCUAUAAUAGUGGAAAUGAUUAUCACCGUUGCGAGGCAUUUGAAUCAGGUGAGAAGGACAUUCAACCAGAUGCACCCCCGACCACAGCUUAUGAAAUGUCUGCUUCGGUAAAUUCCACCCAUUUGCUUCCAAGUCUGGUAGUAACUGCUACUGAAUUUUUAAAUGGUGAUGAUGACGAUGACGAAGAAGAUCACGGAUCAGAUGUUGUGAUAGGUUCAUCAGAAAAACCAAGGCCUGCUUGGACAAUAGAUGAUGCUUUAGCAUCUGCACUAGCUGGCAUGUCUUUGACUUCAACCCAGCCAGAGAAACAUGCUCAAACUCUUUCGGAUAAAGCUCCUGAUUUUUUAAUUGAAGAAGACGGUAGCGUUGAGAGAAAGGGAUCGACAAGAGAGGAACAUGAAGUAGGCACGGAUUCUUCCAUGUGCCUUGGUGAAACUGAUGCGACAGAGAACAUAAAUGUUGGAAUAUAAGUUUUUGUGCUAGAGAAAUAUUAGUUUAAGUCUUAGUAUUUCAAGUUUAAAUGUGCUAUUGGAUUAUAUUCUAAUUGGACAGCUGAGAUGUAAUCUUAGUGUUA